AGGUGACAGCAGUGGCACAGCAGCCCAGAAGAAGGGGGGAAGGGGAAAUCCUAUUCCAGCAGCUGAGCAGUGACUGAGCCUACAGCUGCUGGAUGCUCCGUGCUACUGGCUAAUGCAGCCUGAGAGGGCGUGAGCUUCACUUCCAGGCACUCUGCACAGUAAUGAAGCUUUCUCAGUCUGUUAAUACAUUACUACGGAACUAGUACACUACCGCUGCUGUCUCUCGCUCCCAAUGACUGCUGCAGCCGGAACAAUAAGGAAACCCCCCAUGACAGCAAACUGAUAUGGAGCCUGCUCCUAAACGUGUACGGGGUGAAAGAAUAAUAUGACAUCGGCUCUAACUCCCUGCCUUCUGUGACUUUCCGUCUGACCGCUGCCUACACCGUGCCCAGGACUUGUCAAUGUCUCUUCCCAGCCACAUCCACAGAACAAGACUGACCCUGGAAAUACUGAAAGUGAUGAUCUCAGCACUGGAGUCUGAAUAUCAAGAAUGAACAUGCCAUUGAUCAGGCUUCUUUUUUGAUCUCCUGCCAGACUUCACGUGAAAGGCCUAGGAAAAAUCAUUAUGUGAAGAACAUGAGCAAAACAAAAGUGGCCAGUGUGCCAAGUGCCUCCCACCUCUUCUGAGUGGUACCAUGACGGGAGAGACAAAGCAUAUGUAUGCCAUCAAUGCUAAAACACCCAGCUCCAAGGAAAAUGACACUAACUUUGAACAGUUCAGCAAGAAGGAUGCUAGGAGUGACCUGAGCAGGGUGUCAGACAACUCAGAAGGUGCCUUAAUUACUGACAAAGCAUCUCAAUUGAAUGGUAGGGAAAGAGAUACCUGUAGCCAGCGGGAGGCUGUAAUAAGGCCUCAACAAGCAGGUAAAAUAGACUUUAAAUCUCUUCAAAACAGGCCAAAGUAUUCUAGUGAUACCACAUGGACUAAUGGCAAAAGUAGCCCACUGUCUCCCACAGGAAAGAGUAGAGGAAAAGACAAAAAUAAAAGGUCAUUAAAGGGAGAACGUAGCCAGCUCUACAGACUCAGCCUUAACAGUGCAAGGUCCAACCCUACCAUUGGGAUUGCUUAUCCUCAGCAGAAGGUGACACCGCCAAAAAAAAUAGAAGUAAGUCAUGGACCAAUCUCUGGAAGUUAUCGUUUUCAUGUCCCAAGUCUUCCAGAGAGGGAGGCAGAACUCCAUCAAGAGGACCUAAACUUCGGUCGUUCUCUUCCAGAGCCAAGUCCUAAUCUGACCUCCACAAACUAUACCUCACAAACUGCUCCAGCCAACAGAACUCACCACGGCCUAAAGCUUCAGCCGGGCAAUCUUCAUGACCAAUCCAGCUCCAAUGGACAAUUACAUUACUUAGAGUUUCAACCAAGUGAAAACAAGUGGCAUCCCUCUGAAAAACUCUAUCCAGGGACCAGUGGGUAUCCCAUUCCAAACCAAAAGCUAUGUCCCUAUCCAGAGAGCAACAAAUCUGAUUCACAUGGCUUUGGACCGCUGCCAUUUCAAUAUCCAUUUCAGCCAUUACAGGAGCCACAUGGGAAUACAUUUUGCAAUAAUGGGAACAGUCAAGACUUUGUUGAUGUCUCUCUGGCUGCCUCCCAGGUAGAACACAAUUCUUUCUCCUUCCAAUCCUCCUCAAGAGAAGGACCAGAGGAUCUACAGGGCAAUGGAUCCUAUAAUACUGUUUUGCCGGACAGCCGUACUUAUGGUUUACCUUCCCAGCAAUCUCCAUUCCUCCAUAAACAGCAGGGGGGUCAGCAUCCGCCCACACCCCCAUGCUACACAGGAAGGAACGAACACUCGGCUGAACACAAUGGUGCUAUUUCUUCAUCUGGUGCUAUAACUCCCUCUGGUGCUAUAGAUCAAACUCAAAGCACUUUUCAAGAAAAACAAACCGUUUUUAAUUCUAGUGAAUUUAGUUUACAUAAUAACAGUGUGCCAGCAUUGAUCAGUAAAAGGCAACAGCCAGCUAAAGACUUUGUACACAGUCAAAGACUCCUAACUCCAGGCAAUACCCUACGAAGGAAUAUACCACAGACUUCUUUGAACAAAGUGCACUUCCCCAAUAAGCCCUAUAACAAUGUAAACACAGGAUCUGUGCCUUUUGAUAAAAACCUUUCCAGAAUACCUCAGACUUGGGAUACAGGUAGCAACAGUUUCCCAACUCUGGACCAAAACUCUUUAUCUUACCCAAAUUCUUCUGGAAACCCAAUGCCCUAUCAAUGCCAGCCAACUGACCCUAGACAGGCACUGAAAAAUCCAAGGAUGCCUUGGCAGCAAGUUCACCUUACUUCACCCACAGCAAACCAAAAUCAUAUUGAGCUACCCAGGCACAACGGGAACUCAAAACUCCCAUACAAUCUUGGUAAUUCAGACUGGCAAAACAGCACUAUGAUGCCAAAGAUUUUACCAGGAUAUCAUGCAAAAAAACACAUUGUGGUUGAUGGGAGUUCCACUCAAAGGUCUGAAAUGAGCAUGCAAAGCUACAGCUCAUCCAAUGAUAUGUUGUACGACAGUGUGAAGGAUACAAACUCUCAAAUAAGUGAUUCAAGAACUAAUAGCAUUUUGUAUGGCAUGAGCCAACCAAUUCCACAAACACGGAAUAAUUCCAACCAGUCAGUACCACUGUCGGGUAAGACUUUUGCAGCUGAAUCUCCCUGUGAAUCUCCACUUCCUUCCCCAGUCACUAACCCUGUGACUGGAAGCACAUGCUCUUCUCUUUCACCUAUGUCCAAUAGUCCUGUGAAUCCAAGCUCAGAGGAGAGCCAAGUGCCACCCACUCUGACAUCGUCUCCAUACUUUCAUCAGCCGUGUCAUCAAACAGAUAAAUCUUUUCAUCCAAAUGAUCCACUUAACUCUGGCUCCUUUCUGUAUCACAAAGUAGAACUUACAAAACAUUUCCCAUUCUUAUUGGAUUCUUCAAAAGAUGAACAAACUUUUAAAAACCUACAAGAGAUCCAAUACCAAAAAUUAGCCAGUGAACCAAGUAAAGGAUGCCUUGAGAGCUUUGAAAGUGAACCCCCACCUCCCUAUUCCUCCCACCACUUCCUUGCAAGCUCUCUUAGCAGUGCAAACUUGGAUCAGCUUGAUGUCCUUCUAACCUGCAAACAGUGUGACCAAAAUUUUGGAAAUCUGUCAUCCUUUCUGGAGCACCGGCAGUAUUGUAAUUUAAAUUCAACUCUCCAAAAUGAGAUGAAAGACACUCUGCAUGGUGGAGACAUAAGAAAAUCUGCUGUUUCUCAAACAAUACCAGGCUUGUCCCAUCACAAAGGACAAAUAGAAUUUAAUUCCCAGUUACUAGGUUUUCACAAAGAUUAUCUCCUUGACUGCGAUGCAAAAGGAGAACCCAAAGAGGACCCUCUAAAAAACAGUACUUUCCACAAUGGAGCAGCACAUUUGCUGCCUAUGACUGCUUGUGAGACAUUGGAAAUGGAUGACGCAAAGCUUGAUAGUCUAAUCAUAGAAGCAUUGAAUGGCCUUGAAUUUCAAGUGGACAACCCUGAAAUAGACAGCACUUUUAUUGAUGUUUUUGUGGAUGAUGACUUAGCCUCAUCUAAAGCUACUGCAUGUAGCCAGCCUCACAAGGAUAAAGAUUCUAAGGACACCAGAAAAAAUGAAGUUACAGAGGAAAAGCAUACUCACCAUAACCAAGUAUCAUAUGCCUAUGAAGAAAAUUCAGAAAAUCUUGAAAAAGAGGCCUCCUACAACCACGGAACCUCAAUAAAAAUGAGAAAUGUAUCAAAAUCUGCAGAGGUAGGAACUGCUCACCCAUAUUGUGUGGAUAAUGAAAUAACAAAUAGUAAACACGUUACAGAUAUGAGGUCUGAGGACAGGGAUCAGCAGACAAGAGGGGACAUUAAAACUUUUUUCACAUCACGGGAAAAAAAGAAAAUUUACUUUCACAAAAAUAAUUUUAAAGGUACAGAAGAUAAAGUUAUAAAACCCUUCGAAUUUAAACAAGGAAAGAAUGACCCAAAAGAUUUAUCCACUAUGGACAUCCCAAAGUCACGCAAGACAACUUUAAAGGAUGGGAAAAAAAAGAAGUCUCACAACGGGACCUGGAGUAAAGAGCUCAUACACAAAAUUGUGCAACAGAAAAACAAACUUCACAAGUUGCAUGUGAAGAGUAACAAAAAUGUGCAAUUUUCACUGGUGACAGAAAGACUUUUUCCACCAACCAAAAACCAUCCCUUUGGUGAAUACGACUACAUUUCAGAUUCUGAUGAGGAUGCUGCUGCUAAUUUACUACCUAGUAAAAUGCAACCAAAUGGUAGACUGAAGUAUAGCUUAAACCGGGAUCUCCAAGGGAGAGGUGGAAGACAUAAAUUAAAAGAGCCCAUUUGGCGCAUGGGAGAGGCAACGAGAUUCCAGCUGCAAAGUAAAGACUUGAGGUGUACAAAUAAAGAUAACUCAACCAGGAUCCGAAGAAGAAGCAGCCAAUCAUCCAAUAGCAGUGAUCAAAGUACAAGUAUAUCAAGUGAAGCUGGCUCUAGCCCUAAAAGUACGGAAAGGACGGACUCUGAAAAUGAACAAGAAACAGCACUGAGGUGUAAAACCUUCAACGCUAGAGGUCAGAACACCAACCUGGAAAGAAACCUUAUCAAGCCUCUAUACAGAGAAAAUAUAUCAGAUGGCCAACUUCACUCAACAGACUUUUCCAAAGGGACCAAAAGGUUUGGAUCUGCCAAAUUCCUACUUGCAAGUUCGAAGGUGUUUCCAUCAACAAUGAAUAUUGAGACACAUUACCAAGAAAAGGACACAUUACAGCAAAGCACAGAUCCAACAGUGGAUGAUAACUCCAGCAAAAUACCAGAAGCACUACAUUUUGAAGAAAGUGGGCAGACAAAACUAAGCACUUACAAAGACACAAUGGCAGCUAGCACCUUAUCACAAAAUAGUUAUACAUCCAACUUGAUAUUAGCCAUAAAUAAUGUGCCUGAAGAAUUGUCUACUUUUAAUUCAGACGAUACUGACUACCGGAAGAAGCAACUUAACUCUUCGUCCUCCAUUCCCGAAAUGCUUAACACUGAAAGUAAUCCAACCUGCUCAGAAAAUAAUGUAAAAAACUUAAGCGAAGAACUUUGCUAUGGUCAUAAAGACUUUGCUUUACCCAUUUCUUGUUUCAGUGGGGAUUCAACAGUAAAUAUUUUACCUCAACAAAACCAAGAAGAGUUUGUAACGGAAUGUGAACAGUUUCCAGGGGAUAAACAUGAGGACUUGCCUGGUUUAUACACUAAUAAUAUAUUUGCUAAACCCCAAAUGCCUGCUGCCAUCAAUGUUGAACAGAUAUAUGCAAAUCAAAGCAAUGGCAACAAUAUCAACUCUUUUGAGCAAAAAUGCCCAGAUAUACCCACUUAUCCUCCUGAUAAAGUUUCCUCAAGUUUUUCAUUUGACGCUUCAUCUAUAUUUGCUGAGCUGCCAAUAUCCGAUUUUGAGUCCACCAUGUACAAUAACAUAAUGCCACAAAAGGACAAUUACAUGGAAUUCAACCAACCUAGUAAAUCAACCCCUUUUGAACAUCCAUUCACACAGUACUUGCCAGAGAAAAGUUGGGACCUCAUUGAGGAUGGUUCACCUGUAUUAUCAGCUAACAUUACUCAAUUUCAAGGCACUGACAAUCAAGCUCCAGAGCAUGUGCCUGUGCCAUCUCAACAAAUUUCUGAAGAUCUGUCAAGGAAUAUUACGGAUUACAGUGCAUCAUAUAUAAACACUGUUCAGUCAGAGGAUGAGCUGGAAAUUAAAAGGCUGGUUACAGAACUAGAAAAUCAGCUUCAGACAAACAAAGCUCACAAAGAGGUACCUUCUCAAUUACUGGCUGAACAUCAUAUUACGCCUGAGCUCACAGACUCCUCUCUUCCAUUUCCGGACAUGGAGGUAAAUCAAAUUGAGAAUAGCAGAAAUAAUUCUUAUCUGAAUGAGGAUCAUAACAAUCUAAGUAAUGUGAACAGUUUAGUGCCUCCUUCCAAAAUAGACUGUAACAUUCUUGACUCUCAACCACUUGUAAACGACAACACACCUGAAAAUCUAAAAAGUCCCUGGGAUUGUUCAGUUCAGUUUGAUACUUUUAGUUCUAACAUUGAAUGUCACGAACAAACCAGAUCACUGGCUUCCUUUGGUUCUCCAGAAGACAGCAACCAGUACCAAUCAGCAGCUAGUGACAUUUGCCUAACAGAAGAAUUAAGGUCUCUUAACCAUGGCUCCCCUUCAGCGAUCUCAGGGGUUUACUUGCCCAGCCUCUCCAACCAAAUGGAAUGCCAAACUUUUUCCGACCAUGAACUUCUACAUGAUACACUGGUCACAACGGAAACGCUGCAUUCCAAAUCCCAAGAAAAUGAUACUCCAGAAAAAGAAAGCCAACAGAAUGACAAUGAAAAUCUAAUAAAUAAACUGCAGAAACUGGACGAGCAGUUUGAUGAUCCACCUGAGCUGGAGCACUUUCAAAGUAUUUCUGACACUAAGUCUGAAUUUGAUCUGAAAGAUGACAGUGCUCCUCAUUUAAAUAUGACUGUAAUGCCAGAUCACAAUGAUAGCACCGCUGAACCGAAUCUGUGUGAUCCACUAAUAAAGUUAUCAAUUCCAUGGACUGCAAAUAACACAGCACACAGCAAUGACCAUGUAAUCCUGGAUGACAAGGAAGCAUCAGACAAACAUGGAUACAAGGACAAUAAACAGUCUGUAUUACUUGAUAUGCCAGUUUUAGUGAAAGAGGAGAGCACAAUUCCCGAAAAGUCUACAGCAACUCAGGAAGCCACAGAGAAUCCAUUGCAGCAGCUCCAACUUUUUGUGGCAAGAACAGCCAAAAACAACGAGGAAGAGAUGCUUAUGCCAUGUUUUCCAGUGAUACUGACAGCUUCAAUUACUGCAGAGAACAAGUCAGAUGCUGAAACAGAUGCUUCAUAUAUUAUAGAAAGUGAAGAACCUUUUACAGCAGAAUCAAAGAAUAAUCAAGAAACGACAGAGAUUAAAGGAGCAACACAGUUAUCAGAAUCAGGCAUACAAACCUCCCAGAAUGAAGAGGUCAACAUGCUUGGGCACAAAGACACAAUUUCUGGUAUGCUUGCAGAACCCAUAAUCAACAAAGUGCCCUGUGAGGAUGAACAGAUAAAUCAUUUAGAUAAUGAAUGUCCCAGCCUAGAUGUAAUUAACAUUGGUGUACAGGGUGUGGGAAGACAUAAUGAUAAUCUUCUACCUGACAGCAGAGAUGUUGUAAACUUGCAACAACGACAAGUGAAGGUUAUUGAAGAACUUGAUCAUAAACUAUCUUCAUUUGUUAUGAAAACCAAAAUGGCAGACAGGUCCAAUCACACAUCUGAUAAAGAAAAAUAUACAUCUGAUUCAAUAAUUACAUCAAAGGUGCUUAGUCUUCAAGAAAUUCCAUGUGACCGACCUGAUGUUAGAUGUAUGGCAUCAGCUCCUUUAAAUAUUGAUGUAGUUCAAAUGUCCAAAGAUGACAGCAACCAGGGAUUGAAUGGAGAGAUCUCUGGUUUUGUAUGUCCAAACAACCAUAUGCAAAACAUACAUAUGCUUGAAGAAACAGAAAUGUUUUUGGUAGAUAACAACAAAACCCAAGAACACAGCUCAACACUAAGUAAAGGUAACUGUCAUGUCUCGGACCUUGCUGACAAGUCUCCUCAUUUCACCUUGCAGCCUAAUAUCAGUGAUGUCCAGCCAAACAGCAGUGAUGAAUAUGGAGCUCAACUUCAUGGCCUUGGAUUAACUUCAGAGCAAUCAUUGUUGAAUUUUGACUUGCUCACAGUCGAAUCAAUUAAAGAUACAAUAGAACAGCAAAAACACCUGUACACCUCACAAAAUGAGUUAAACCCAAAUGACCCCUUAUGUAGCACUGAUCAAGUAUUCCCCAGUGUAGCCAUGAGUCCAUCAGAACAAUUACCUGAAAAAAGCUCAGUGGAAACUACGGGUUUGCAAUUAUUUCUCAGUGAAGAGGGAAUUGUGACAUCUACAGAUGCUAGCCAAAAACAGUUGACAGCGAAAGACAGUAUCACUGUGACACCAGUUGUUGAAGAUGGUUUAAGUCCAUGUUUUUGCUCUGAAUUGAUCUGCCCACACUAUGAACAUCAGAAAGUACAAUCUGUUGCAGAUAUAAUUCUGGAGUGUCAGUCAAUGGCAUCAGAUGAUACAUAUCCUCCAAUUUAUGCUGCAGAAAACCACCAAAAUUUUCCAACACUCCAUACUGAACUUUUUUCUGAAAGCAUGCAAAACUCUGUAGAACAGUUGUUGUGCAAUCACAAUGAAGCACCCCCUAAAAAUGACUGGAAUAAAUCACAAGACAUUCCUAUCAUUGAUCAUGCAUACCAAAGUGAAGACAAGAGCUCAACAGUUAUGGUGUGCGAUAUAAUGAAUAUAUCUUCUCCAGAGUAUGUAAAUUUCAACUGUCAUCAAGUAACAGAAAAUACAGCUGGAAGUUCGCUUCCAGAAAAAAACAAUGUAUCAGAAACACAGAACAGUAUAUCCAAUAAUGAGUCUGAAAAAAAGGGUACCAAUGAUAUGCAUUCGAUCAUAGAUGGUGUACUCCGAAUCUUGGAAGGUGACAAGAGCAAAGAAAUUUUGCAGAGAAUUGGAAUUACAACAAAGAGUAGCCCAAUCAAAGAAAAAAAACUAUCUGGAAUAUCACUAACAUGUGAUAUAUGUUUUAUAUCCUUCCGCUCUAAACCGGGUCUGACGAGACACAAAGCUGUUAAACAUAACAACUCACUGAUGUCAUCCAAAGAUUCCACAGGUAAAAAAACUCUUGGAGUGUUAAAUAAAAUGGGGAAGAGGAAAUGCAAUAGUGAAACCAAACAAAACCUGCAAACUGACACUACACCUCAGCAAAGAAUCACCAAAUUCCUAAACCAAAGCAACUCUUUUCAGCCAGAUGAAGAAUCGUCAAAAACCAAAGCAGACAAAAGUAAUAAUGGACUACCUGAGAAUACAUCUUGUAUAGAUAUCACCUGCAAAAAGAAAAUGAAUGUCAAAGUCAAAAAAAGAAAAGUGAAGGCUCAAAAUAAUAUGUGUGCAGAUUCACAAGUUCCACCUGAUGAGGUUUUAAACAUCCUGAAAACAAACAUUUUAAAGGCAAUCGGACACUCAAACAGCUUCAACUCAACUGAAGACAAGACAGAAUGGCAAGAGCCUUCAGAUAAAAAUAUGCCAAGGGAGCAAAAUGAUUUGAAAGAAGUCAAGUUAAAAAUGUGCACUAUUAGUACAGAUGAUGAUGAGAAGCUAGUAAGUGAUGUGCUAGAUAUGGAAAUGAACAGAGAAGCUUUAAUUCAAGAACAAAAAUGGACAGAUAAUAUUAAGGGACACGUUGAACACAUUAUAAAUGGCUGUGAAAGUGAACCCAUAAAUAACUUGCUGACAAAUGGGCAGAAUUUGAUAAGUAGCACAGAGGGGCAGGUAAACACUCUAGAGCAUUCCAACGUUAAAAAUGAUGUCCAAGGUUCCAAUUUACCAAAGGAAACAGUGACAGAUCUUCAUAGCUUGUUUGACGAUGAUAACUCCUUUUCACAACUCUUUCCCAGAGAUGAUCACUUCAUUAGAAGAAAGUGUACACGUGUAUAUGGAAAGAGAAGCAAAAGACAAACACCACCCUUUGAAACAGAUUUUAGACAAGAAAAGGGUGAGCACUGCCACUCCUCACAAAUCCACUACUCGUGUGAUUAUAGAUCCAUUCCUGGGGAUUCUUCAUCUUUGGGAAUAAAUUCUUCUGCCCAAACAGAGCAUCUUGCACAAUACAACCAGCCCUUUCUCCUAGAGGAAGGUAUGAAUGUAGAUGAGAAAAUUAUGUCUUUUGUGCAUCAGAGUAAACCAGAAACCAUGAAUGAACAAUCUCUCGCCGAAAGACUUCCACUGGAACAAGACUCAGACAUCUCAAUGCAUGCAAACAUCUUCAAGUCACCAGAAGAAUCCAUUGAUUUUUCUGAAGAGAUUGGCUCAGAAAUUAGAGAAUCUGAAGUGGAGGAAAACCUUGACUGUAAAACAAAUGAUGAAUCAGGACUUCCAGAAUUUCCCACAAUAGAUAUGAAGAUGCUAAGUGCAAAGUUUGACAUGAGAGAACUGUCUUUUUUCAGUGCAUGUGGCGAUGACUCUGACCAGUGCGAUUCAGAUGAAACAGAUGUUACACACAAAUCAGAAAGACGUAAGAGACAUACAAAAAGUAAAACUGAUGAAAAGAGGCAGUUGAAAAAUCGCAACAAUGUCAAAAUUAAAAGCAAGGACAAACAGUACAAGUGUAAAGUCUGUUUUCAGUGGUUCUUGACUUUGGGCGAGCUGGACUUUCAUAAGCUAACCCAUAACCCUUCUCCUCCUCCCACCUGUUAUAUGUGUGUCCAGCGCAAGUUCAGUUCUCGAGAACAACUAAGGGAUCAUUUAAAAGAGAAGCAUGCAAAAAACAAGGCAGGUCUCUGGAUCUGUGGAAUGUGCCUGAAAGAAAUCUCUGACGUUUGGAUGUACAAUGAGCAUCUGAGGGAACAUGCCACUCAGUUUGCAAGGAAAGGCCAAGCUCAAAAAUCAGUCAUGGGGAUUCCAGGGUGUUUUGGAGAAGAGAGCAUGGUAAGAACAUUUUUGAGCACCUUUAUAUAUAGAACACCCACUAAGUCAUCAAAAACCACAGAGAUUGAUGAAAAAAGCCCAGUGGCUAAAAGACAAGAACCACAAGAACCAAAAGAGCACAAGGAAGAAGAUGAGGUAGUUAUUGAGAAAGAAUCAGAAAGCAGUGUUCAAGUGGUACCACCAGCUCCAAAGCUGCCCAUCAACCCUCCACUGGACAGUUCUCACAAGAGCGAUACAAUACACAAAAAUGCAAGUAUGCAUCCGCAUUGCAAAGACCCAUCAAGGGAUUGUCAUCACUGUGGAAAACAGUUCCCCAAACCAUUCAAAUUGCAAAGGCACCUUGUUGUUCACAGUUUGCAAAAAAUCUUCUUGUGUCAUCAAUGUCCUAAAUCUUACCAAGAAGUGCAGGAACUGAGAAGUCAUCUUACUAAUGAGCACCAACUUACAGAUAAAUCUGAAAUAAAGCACACCACCCUCUAUGCAUGUGAACUCUGUGCAGAUGUUAUGCAUGUGAUCAAGAAAUCUUUUAUUUGUAGCACGUGCAACUACACGUUUUCUAAGAAAGAACAAUAUGAUAGACACAUGGAAAAGCACCUGAUUGGUGGAAGCUUGACAUUCAAAUUUAGGGGGGUAACAAGGCCAACCACAUCUGGAAAAGAGGUGAAAGAAAAAGUGAGAGAUUCCCCAGAAUACGAAUGUAUGCCACCAUCUAAAAAGCCAAAGUUGUCAAAUUAUUCUGACGUUUCUACUGAUGUGCCAGAUGACGGUGAGCCCUCUCAGUACCCAAUGCUAUCACCUGGUGUGUUCUUUGAUAAUGAGUCAGAGAAAAACCCUGUAAAUGAGAAUUUGGUGAAAACAGAAGAGAUGAUACUGGAAGCUCCUGAGCUCCUUGCUGAAGGGAAGGAAGAACCAAUCACAUUUAAUGCUGAGUUAUGCCAUUUGUCUCCUGUACCUUGUGAGUUGAAUGUUUCUGAGAAAAGAGAUGAUAAAGUAGCCCGACAGAUGCUCCCCAUCCUAAAUGAUGACAUAGCUUUCUCUUCUUCAAUCUGUGCAGCAAAAAAUGUUAUCUUUUCAAAAAACAAUGAUCAAAACUCCAAAGUAACUGAGCCAGAGACAAAAAAGCAAGUAAAACAAAAAGGAGUGGUAGAAAUGGAAGAACAAACAGAUAUUCAAACACUGCAAGUUAAAGUGGAUGAUUCUUCUAAUUUGGUGUUGCAGGAACCAGCAGAACUGUUUACAAUUAACAAAGUAAUGCCAUCACCUGGGGAUACUUCUAAAGAGCCGAAAAGCUUACUACCUGAAGUCACAGAGGAACCCAAAGAACAUACACAAAAGUCACUGUCACAAGAUGUGGCCCAGCCCACUGUGGCAAAUACCCCCAAAGACAGGUCACCUGUGACAGACACAAAUGCCUUAGUAAAAGCUCAAAAGCUCACCAAAAAGAAUAAGUCAGUCAACCAACUCAACAGCAUAUCGCCAACUCAAACCAAUGUUUUAGCAUCUAAUGGUGAUAAUGUAUUAAAAUCUUCCACACCAAAAUUCAAGGCUGCCUGCUCUCAAGACAGCAGCAAUUGUACUUUGAAAGAGAUGACAUCCAGCCAGCAAAAGUUAACAAAAAAAGACCCAAUUGUUAUCUUAUCCAAAAACAACACAGAUUUUAAAACAGCUGACAAAACGUUAGCAUCCACAGCUCCAAAAGUCCCCCUGAAGAAGUGCAAAGAACAAAAAAUAUCUGCACUUAAAACCAAUGCAGGGUCACAAGAGAAUUUAGAUGGAGAGAUAAAGAAAAAAAAGAUCAAGCUGGCAAUAACAGGAAAAAGUGAGUCUUCAGCUGUUGCAAAGAAAACAGACUGGGUUAACAGCCUAUCCGAUGCUAAGGAUGAGGCUCCAAGUAAUAGGGCCUACCACAGGCUCAACUCUGGAGGGGUCUCCGGUCAGUUUAAAAAGACUGUGUUAGAUACACAUAAUCAAAAGAAACUAAAUGCUGCAUCAAGCAAUGGAGAGUACAAAAGCAAAAGAACUCUUCUUACAAAAAGUCUACACACAUAUACCCCUAAAAGCUCUCCUCUGUCCAUGAAUGGCCCCCCUCACAAACAGAGGUUGGGGACAAAUACAAAACCCACUGAGCCACCAAAUUACAGGACAGCUGAAUCACAGAACAAUUUGCUAAGUCAACUUUUUGGGCAAAAAAUAACUAGCUUUAAAAUUCCUCUAAGAAGGGAUAUAACCGAAUGACAUGAUACCUGUCCUUUGUGAAGAAAACUGACCAAUCAAGGGGAAAAAAAACUGAAUUACAAGGUUUAUAAAUAUAUACUUUUUUACUCUUUUGCAUCCCCCAUCUUCCCCAUUAAGCUUUGCCAAACUUGCACUGCCACCCUUGUAAAUAAGUUCCCUUUGUUCUGUAAUCUACAUUGAUGCACCUGAUAUUAUGCAAAUGUUGCAAUGUUUAUAUGUAUUUUGAUUUUACUGAAAAACUUUUUAAUUGCUUUGGACAGACGAUAGUCAAAAGCUUUUUUUUUUUUUUUUUCUACUGUUGUACAUAAUUUCUUACUUAUUAACUUCUUUUAGCUGAAGAGUUAAGGUUGGAUAUUAAAAAAUGAAACCCACGCUCUUCCAAAAAAAUAUAUUUAAAAAAAUCAGUUAAAUGCUCUAUAUUUCAUGCUGCCUUUUUGAACAUAUAUUUAAAGAUUCAGUUAAAGGGUCAGUCUACUACUUUGCUGGCCUCCCUUGCUGUAGUCUUGGGGGCUUCCGGCACAGAUCUCCUGCCACAGUUCCUGGCCUUUUUCCCACCUAGCGUGCAGUUUUGGAUGUUCCAGCCUUGGGUGUAUUCUUUGUACUCUUUUUAAAUUAUUCACAACAUGAAAAAAAAGAAUGAAACAUCUAAAAGAGAGAAUGAAACCCCUGGUAAUGGCCAACAACAGGUGUUUAGGCCUGGAAGUUCAAGGGCAAAUAUUAUAACACUGGAGUCCCAGAGACAUGAUAAAAUGUUAGGUGGGUUAACUCUUCAGUAACUACCAAUGUCAGGUUUGUGUGGACAGACCGUUUUAACAAGAAAUAUUUAUGGCGUUAAAGUACAACAUGAUUAAUUAUGACAUGUAACUAUUAAGUAUCUUCUAGUUAUCUGGUUACGAUGACACACUCUAGUCAAAAGUUUAAAGUCAAAUACAUGUAUGAAUGGUUUGGGUCAGAAUACAGGCAUGAAUAAAAUGUUCAGUACUUUUGAUGACUAGAUUUUUGCAUAAACAUUUUUGACUGAAAAAUGGGUACUAAAAUACAUAUAAACUUUAUAGUCAAGAUUCUGGAGGUAUGUUUUAUGCAGUAAUGAGACGGAUUACAAUUUCAUAAAAAAAAUAAAACAUAAAAUACUUAUGAUUAUUCUACACCCGGGUUCAUUUACCCUCUGGUCACUUCUAUAACUGAGAGGCUAGAAAGGAGAGAUUGUUCCACAGUAUUCUGUUCUACAAAUCCUUCACUAAAUGCCAUAACAAAGUGUUACGCUCUAGCAGAGGAACUCCAAAGGUACUAUAUUUGUUUAGGCUGGCCAUACAUUAUACAAUUGUAUUAUUCAAUUUCAUUUAGCUUUACCUUCAACGAUGUACUGCAAGGGCCUGCCUGAUGCAUACAAACUGAAAGUGUUUAGGUUUGACCUCAUAUUAUUAGGUUUUGGUAAAUCCAAAGAAAAUUGUAUACUGUAACUGAAUGGCCAGCCUUAUUCUAUAAUACAGAGGACCGGGGAUAUCUCACCGUUAAAGUGAAGGAGAAAGAAGCCUGUUAGACCGGGUUCACAUAUGUACGGUCUGGUUUUGACAGAAAGAUUUUAGCCGCCUCUUGUGCGACUUUGUUCAGCGGUUCAGGUGCAAUUUAGGUGCUAACUGUCAAUGUUUAUGACAAUGGAAAUCACACCUGAACAAUCCUCAAUUUUUUUUUUUAAAUGUGAUGUGUCCAGCCGAACAUAUGUGAACCGGCUCCAUUGAAAAGGCUGCAGGUUCACAUGUCAUGUGAAUCUGAUGUGGUUAAAAACGUAUUCAAUUCACAUAUAUGUGAGUGUUCUACUUACAGUGUGAAUAGAAACAAAAAUUCCCUGAUUUUUUUUAAAGAAUAAUCUUUUUUUAAUACAGGUUUUUAAUUUCUGUCUGUGAGCACCAUUGUGGACACUUCACCUAAAUUUCAUUCCCUGUGAUAUGAGGGAAACAGCUGACAUUGGCACAGGAAAAUACUGACGGUAUUACUAACCCAACAGUGGUUAUCACCUUUCUCAAUUGUUUUGAAAAAAAGAGUUUUUAUUGCAGUCUGUGACCACACUGGAGAUUUGCCAUCACUUCCUGUCUCAACAAGAAAUUAGGUGAAAUUUUCCCAAUAGGAACACAGACUACAAACAACUUGCCAGAGAUUCUAUCUCUUCCCCAUUCUGUCCAUUUUUUUUUUUUUUUAAACACUGUGAUUGGGCUUUAAUUGUCCCUACCAGAAUUAAUCAUUUAGUUGAGUCUUUAAUUUGUCCAUCCUUAUUUUUGGCAUUCUUAUGCACUUUUCUCAAUGUUUUUAAGACUUGUGGAACAUACAUACUACUACACAAAUCUGCUCUCAGCAUUGAACAGGUUUGUAUGUAGAAGACACAGUUCUGUGUCACAUAAGUCAAAUAGCCUAUUCUGACUCAUGUUACACGUACAGUAGGAAGGAGUUUGUCACUGGAACCUUCUCAGCUUAUUGGUUUACAAAUUUGAAUACAGUUUAACAAAUUACAAGUAUCUGACCAUAACCUUCAUACAAUGUUUUGCCUUAUGUAAGCCAUUUCUGUGACCACUGUAAACAAACAUUAUCAGUAUUUUCUACCCUUUUUUACAAAAUGUAACAUAAACUUGUCUUUCCACCGCUGCUAGUGAUCCUUUGUAGCAUCUACAAUGUGGCAGACUUUUGAUUUAGCCUUGCCGAUACAUUGCAGGUGUCUCCCUGAUUUUGAAGGACUUGGUGUGCUUUAUCAUAGUAACAAAUGCUUGACAAUCUUACUGUAACAUGAAUCCAGAACAAUUAGCUUAACAAUGAAUUCCAUGGUGCUAUUUCUUCAUAGUUCAAGUAAUGUGAAAACUAACUGAUGAAAUGUUCAUUGUCCAGUGCCGGAACAGUGUUAAAGAAAAUCACUCUACCCUCUAUCUGAUUUAUAUAUGCCUAUAUACAGAUGUAUCUUCUAUAUAGAGAGAAAUACGAAAACUCAGGUGCAGUCACCCUGGUUGAGCUGAAAAUUUCUAACAGACGUAAGCGUUCUAAGGCACUGAUGUAGCUUGUGAGACCAGAGUACGCUUUCUGCACAGAAUCCUGAGAAACAUACACAGAACAAGGCUUUAAUCUGUUAAUAUGUAUCAUUAAAGUGCAUUGUAUUGUAUAAAAUAAAUAUUCUACUUAUUUGGUGCAAUGAAUAAUUCAAAAGAUUUUAUUUUGAUAUUUUUGUCAAAAAAAAACAAAAAAAAAAACAAAAAAAUAACAGAAAGAGCAUAAUGCAUUUUUAUAUUGUUAUUUUGUAUGACUUAAAUGCAUCUUUAUAUUGUUGUUAAAUAAAAUAUGAGAUGAACAACA